UGUAAACAAGAUAUGACACGUCAGAUAUCUCGUUUACAUUGUGUUCCACCGGCUAUAAAAGGAUGUGUAACCUUUAGUAUUCUUCACAAAUUUUUCGUAUCAUAUUUCUCACGAAUACAAGGCAUUAAUGGCCAGUAAUAGUCCGUACAUAGUUGUGCUUGUGUAUCCCAAUUAAUGUAUGAGAAACGGUGACAACGGGGUGACAUUUGAGAGCGAGGAUCCGAUAUUGUUUCGCACUCAUCGUGUGAAUACGUUGUCGAAUUUGAAGAGUUUGAUACUGAGUAAGAUCGGAGGUACAAAAGCGAGGGAAAUAGGAAGGGUGGCGUAUAGGUUGAUGGCCCCCAUGGGUAACGAAGUCUUUCGGUUUCGACUAUUCCGACUUCAAGGGGACGAGCAUGUGCGAGUGAUGUUCGACAUCCAUUAAAGGAUCAUGGUGGAGCAAGUAAUGGAGCUGUCUGCAGAGGUAGGACACAAUGGCGGUGGUCCUUCUGUACACUCGACCUUUGUGCAGGACGACCGACCCCUCGCACCACUGCCCAUUCAUGUCGUCGUUUCAGUAGAUGAGGCAGAGGAGGGCGAGGAGGAGUCGGACGAGGAUUACGUGGCGAAUAGUGGUGAUAGCGACUUGUCCAAUGGUGGGGAUAAGAAUGAGUGUGUUCCGGAGACACCAGUUUCGACCGCGGCCCGCCACGUCCUACCUCCACCUCUUCUAAUACCGGCGCUUUCAACAGUUCCUUCUCACUAUCACAGUCUGGAAUUGGACGCCAUGCAUGAGAGGACUCUGUUUCUUGACACGGGUGAACAGGAUUACAACCUAGACGACGGUGUAAAGUUUCGGAUCGGCCACAAGUUUAGAAGCCGAGAGGCAGUGCUUCAGGGUGUGAAGAACUACAAUAUUCGGAGGAGUGCGGAGUACCGAGUAGUCGAAUCGGACUUGCUAAAAUACCAUGUGCAGUGCCGUCAAGUUGAUAAUGGGUGUCAAUAGAGUCUCCGUGUGGCCCUUCGACAGAAUCUCGGAUACUGAGAGGUUCGGAGGGUGGGUGGAGUGCAUAGUUGUCUAGCACCCACCAUGUCUCAAGACCAUCGUCAACUAAACAACAGUCUGAUAUGCCGGGUCAUCUUGCCGUUGAUUCAGUCCAACCCCUCUAUAAGCAUUCCAGUUUUGCAAGGUGCAGUCCAAGCAAGCUAUUAGGGGUGCACAUGAGCCGGGUGAAGCCGGGUUUGAUGGGACAUAGACCCGACCCGAAAUAUGCACCCGUACCCGACCCUAGACUCGAUGAAACUAAUACACUUUCGGGCUACAAUUAUACUGGGUGAAAAUCGGGUGAAAACCGGACUGUUAACAUUACAUUACAUUGAUACCUUAUUGUAAGUUAGCAUG